CUGCUGAUCCGAAAGUUGGUGCAGCUCAGUGAUAGAAAAACACGGCACAAUAAUGUCUUCCCGAUCACUCCGACUUGAGUUUGGUCAUGUUGUUCGCACGGUGUAUGUGGUCGGACAGGAGCUGAGAGUGAAUUUAAACAGUUGUGCUCCAGUACAGUCAAAGUUCUUCUCUGUAAAAUGCACCGACAACGUACAGUGUCAGAUUUUGCCGAAAGUCCAGUACGGGGCCUCUUCUGUUAAUCCACUGCCACUCGGCAAAAACACAGUGCUUCUAAUUUCCAUGAACACUGCCAGCGCCGUGGCCAAUGAGAGCAAGCUAUCUGUGAAGUUCUAUGCAAGCAAGACUGAGGUUAUUGGAAACGCUGUGCUACAUCUCACAGCUGUGGAGAUCUCUCUGGAUGUGGAUGCAGAUCGAGAUGGUAAAGUUGAAAGGAACAAUCCUAACAAGGCUUCAUGGAAGUGGGGUCCAAAUGGGCAUGGUGCCAUUUUGCUGGUUAACUGUGACUCAGAGUCUACUUACUCGUACAAACAAGUGGACCAUGAGGAUAAUGAGAUAACCAAAGUCUCAGAUUUAAAUGACAUGUCCAAGAUGAUCUUGCGCACCAAUGGCCCAAAAACUCUACCAGACGGCUACAAACUCUGCCUGCACAUCACUCAGGCAGACGCUGAGUGCGUGAGGGUGUUUAGGAACAAGGUUAGCGGCCCGUCCAGCGCUCUGAAAAGUAUUUACCUCAAGCUCUUCGAGAAGGACUACCCUAUAGUGCUACACAAAAGGAAAUUGGGUAAUGAAGUUCCCUACCUUGGUGGCAAUGCAGAGCUUGUCUUCUAUGUGGAGGGUCUUCGUUUCCCCGAUAAGGAUUUCGAUGGGCUGAUUAAUAUCAACCUUAGUCUAUUAGAGCCCAUCACAGAGGGAAUUCCAGAGACGCCUAUUUUCACUGAUAAGGUGGUGUUCCGUGUUGCUCCAUGGAUCAUGACACCCAACACUCUCAACCCUGUGGUGGUCUUUGUGUGCAGUGUGUCGGAUAAUCACGAAUUUCUGAAGAGCAUGAAGGAGCUGGUGGAGCGCUCUAGACUCAAAUUGAAGGUCUGCUACCAGUACAUGAACCGCGGUGAUCGCUGGAUGCAGGAUGAGAUCGAGUUUGGUUACAUUGAUUCUCCACACCAUAAAUUCCCUGUAGUGCUGGACUCUCCUCGAGAUCGAGAGCUGCAGGAUUUCCCCUACGAGGAGCUACUGGGUCCAGACUUUGGCUAUGUGACUCGUCAUGCUUCAAAAGAAGAGGUGAGCAGCCUGGAUUCAUUUGGUAACCUGGAGGUGAGUCCUCCUGUCACGGUGAAUGGGAAGAACUACCCACUGGGACGAAUAAUUAUCGGCGUGGCCUUCCCCACCGCAGAAAAUGGCCGCAACAUGACCAAGGUGGUGCAGGACUUUCUGUGGGCACAGAAGGUUCAGGAACCCAUUGCCCUCUAUUCUGACUGGCUUGCAGUGGGUCAUGUGGAUGAAUUUAUGACUUUCGUUCCAGCUCCUGACAGGAAGAAAUUCAGAUUGCUGCUUGCCAGCCCUGACGCUGCAUAUAAAGUGUUCAGAAAUUUGCAAGCAAACGGACAUGGCACUGCUAAGAUGUUUCCAGGCAAACGAGAGGAGGUCAGUGUUGAUGAGAUUCUAAACAACGAGGGGUUUCGAGGAGAGAACGUCUUUGUGCAGAGCUGUAUCGAUUGGAACAGGGAUGUCCUCAAGAAAGAGCUCGGACUAGACGAGGAAGACAUUAUCGAUCUCCCAGUCCUGUUUAAAGUGAUACCGGAGGAAGCCAGAGCUGUGGCCUUCUACCCUGACAUGGUGAACAUGAUAGUGCUGGGGAAGAACCUGGGCAUUCCUAAGCCGUUCGGGCCGGAGGUGAACGGCAGCUGCGUUCUGGAGGCUGAGGUGCGCUCUCUGCUUGAGCCUCUCGGUUUGAACUGCACCUUCAUCGAUGACUUUGCAUCCUACCACCAGAAGCUGGGGGAAGUGCACUGCGGCUCCAACGUGCGUCGAGAACCCUUCGCCUUCAGAUGGUGGAACAUGGAGCUGUGAAAAAGUAGAGCUCACUAAAGUUACAGAUGGGUUCAAUAGCCUGAUUCCAUUAAUUUCACGCUUAAUAUUUUUGCUUGUAGAAUUGUUAAAUGUAGUAUUUUCUAAAAACAAGAGGUCUGCUAAAAACAAAAGACUGAGCAUUACACUAAAUUAAGAAUAACACAUUAAUGUUACGGGUAUAAUAAAAUACAGGAGGUCGUAAAAGUAGAAAAAAAUUAGCAUUGCAUUCAAAUUGUAUAUUCAGAAAUAUCUGAGAAAUUUUAUGCACUGUUUGUAUGUUUGUAUUGAAUAUUAUUAACUGAGUUUUUUAAUUAUUAUUUUUUAAAUUUGGUCUUGUUUGUGGAUUUUAUUUAGGAAGUUGCAUGCUUUCUUUGCUAUUAGUUAUAUAAAAAGGCCUCCAAAUGUCAGUCUUAUUGAUUUAUCCUAAAUAUACUGAUUAAAUAGUGAUAUUACUAAAGGUUUAAUUUUACCUAUU